AGUUUGGUAGGCGGAUCGAGGAUUUAAUGUUUAUGGGUUCCUGCUACGAUUUCGAGUAAAUUUUUAAUAGUAACUGGGUUCACAUUUAAAUAUUUGUAGAUAUUUAAUGAAUUUUUAGAACACAUUUACACUGUUUGGACAAAAGCUACUGGGUUCAGGGGAACCCGUAUAUGACAGGCUAGAUCCGCCCCUGGGUAUAGGCUGUCUAUCACUACUACAUGUUGUUCUUUUCGCCUUGUUUUCUUUUAUCUUGUUCGUGUUAUUGCUUGUUGCUAUUGCUCUUUUCUCAUUUUUUCUCGUGCCGAGGUCUGUGUACUAUAUACCCAGAGGCGGAUCCAAAAUUUUUACGCGACGGAGGUACCUUAUUCUGCUCAACCAGUGCCCCUAAAUUCUUAUAGUGUCUAGGGUUUCAGCUGCUUUAAAUUAACCAUUUUCAAGGUAUAUACGUGUAUAUAUACCGGAUUUCGGCCAAAGUUUACGGGGUCCGGUGACCCCCCACCCAUAACAUGGGUCCGCCUCUGUAUCGACCCUUCCCAAAUCCCAAUUGUGAGAUUAUACUGAGUUUGUUAUUGUUGUAGUAGUUUGGUAUUGGCUGUAUCUAACUACUUCUGCAAUUCGUUUGCCAACCAUCUACUUAACCACACACUCUUUUAAUGGUUUAGUUUCCUUCUUCUUUAAAUACCAUCUCACUUUUUCUUAUCCUAUUAUUACUAGCUUCUGCUUUUUUCAAUUUGUCCAGCUAAAGAAAGUUGUACUUGACAUUUUAAAGGAGAAAAAGGAGUUACUUCUUACUUGGCCAGGGUAGUCAUGAAUAUUGCACAAGACUUGUAUAAUGAGCAGGAUUCAAUGUUUUGUUCAAAGAAAGUUUGUGUAAUGGAGGCAGCUGGUCAGCUUGGAUCCACACUCGUACACCGUCUCUUGCUCAGAGGUUACACUGUCCAUGCCGCUUUUCAAAAUCAUGAUGAAAUGCAGCGUUUUAAGAGAAAAUAUGCUGGUGGAAAUGUGGAUGAAAGUAGAAGUAAGAAGUUGAUAUGUUUUCAUGCUGAUCCUUUGGAUUAUCACAGCAUAGUGGAUGCUCUCAAAGGCUGCUGUGGCUUGUUUUACUCUUUCGAGCCUCCCUCCGAUUAUCCUACCUACGACGAAUUAAUGGGAGAAAUGGAAGUGAGAGCAGCUCAUAAUGUGAUGGAAGCCUGUGCACAAACAGAUACCUUAAACAAGGUAGUCUUUACAUCCUCUGCCACAGCUGUGUUAUGGGGCACAAGGAAGAGGGACCAACAUGACACUUCCCAUUCUCAUUCUUGCGUUGAUGAAAGAGACUGGACCGACAUCAGCUUUUGCAAAAAAUACAAGUUAUGGCACGGGCUAUCAAAGACACAAGCAGAGAAAGCUGCAUGGGCAUUGGCAAUGGACCGAGGAGUAAGCAUGGUAUCCGUUAACGGAGGGUUGUUAAUUCAUCCAGACCUUAAUAUCAGAGAACCUUACUUGAAGGGAGCAGCUGAAAUGUAUGAAGGUGGUGUUUUUGUUGCAGUGGACCUGAAUUUCUUAGUAGAUGCCCAUAUGUGUGUGUUUGAGGAUGUUUCCUCUUACGGACGAUACUUAUGCUUCAACAGAGUCAUAAACUCCAGCAAAGAUGCUACUACACUAGCCGACAUGCUUCUGCCUCCUUCAGCUUCAUCAAAAACAGAUAGUUUGGAGGAUGAUAUUGUCUAUGAGCAAAGGAUCAGCAACCAGAAACUAAACAAGCUGAUGAUGGAAUUUGAUACUGGAUCAGGUGUCCAAGUCUAUUGAUUGAUGCCAUUUCUGUGUAUAAAGUAUGGCUCCAACAAAACUAAUUGAGAAAAAUUGAGGAGUAUUAUUGUGCCCCAAGGAGACGAGAAGAGCUCCCUCAAAAUUUAGAUAGAUUUUUGAGGUUCAAGACCUCAUCAUAAGUUUGUUACAAAUUGGACUUUCAACAAAGUUGCAUAUACAGCAUGACAGAAAUGUUAAAUGACAAACAGAAGCAUUUUGCGUAGAGGCAAGCCUUGAUAUAUGUAUCAAUAGCUAGCACCAUUUUACUUGCAAAUUACUAUACAAUGAAAUUGAUUAGAAUGGAUGUUUUGUCCCUAA